GAGCUCGCGGUUUUGCCACCUCUACGAUGACUGUGAAGAGACAGAUGCGGACCGGAGCGCUCUACUUCUCCAGAGAGAGGUGACCGCUUUGCAGGCCUGGCCAGGCCUGGUUGCCAAGGGCGAGGAGGUCAACCCGAACCCUGGGAUGUUUGACUUUGGUGCCGGGCCACAGUCCUUCAGCAUCCUCGCUGGUGUCUCAAACGUCAAGCAGAAGGAAAUUCAAGGAGAAGUGCAAGGCCCCAUCCUGAGCAAACUGAGCGUUGGACGAG